AAAACAUUAAGAAUGAAUAGAAGUGGUGGCAGCAGAAGUAGACUCUUCGGUCUCCUGAUCAGUCGCCGUGAGCUGUGCGAACGGUCUCUGACUGUCGAACGCGGAGGUACCACCCGGCGGUUCUCGUAGGCGGAGCCAGAAUGUGUGCAUGUUGCAUGCACACGUGUUUCCUCGCCAGAGUCCGUGUG